AAAAACUGAAAACUCUCUGCGAUCACUUUCACUUUCACUCUCUGCUUCUCUCUCUCUCAACAAAAAGGCUUCGCAUACAAACACACAUACAGAGAUAGAGAGUGAGCUUCUUCCCAUUGUCUGUUUCUCUCUUUCCUUUCAACCCUUUUCUUUCUCUUCUCUUCUUUUCCCUUCCAUCACUUCCUCUCUCAAUCUUCCCUUUUCUUGCUUCCAAAUCUGCCCAUUUACUCUAAUCUAAGAAUCACUUCCAGUUUUCGUCAAUAUUUUCUUGGAGAGUUUUUGCAGGUGGAAAGUGCAGAGAUUUUGUUGUCUGAGGUACGAAUUCGUUAAAAAGUAGAUUUUGUUGUCUGAGGAGAAUGGGAUUUGGCUUUCACUGAUACGUUGCAGGAACUAGAGAAAUUCUAAUGUAUGUGAAAGUAAAUCUUUGUUUUGUUUCAAAAAGAAAAGAAAAUAGUGGGCUUCCUUCACAAUGAAUGCCAAUAGUCAAAUGGAGGUGCAUUACAUAAACACUGGUUUUCCUUACACUGUCACUGAAAGCUUCAUGGACUUCUUUGAGGGGCUAACACAUGUGCCUGUACAUUAUGAUCACACUGGAACAGUGCAUGAUCAGGUUCAGGAGAAUGCGUAUUGGACAAUGAACAUGAAUGCAUAUAAAUAUGGAUUCUCUGGUCCAGGGACUGCCUCUUAUUACAGUCCUUAUGAGGUAAAUGAUCCUUUACCAAGAAUGGAUAUCGGCAGGGGAGCUUGGGAAUACCCUUCACCGGUGAACAUGGAGGAGCCCACAACUGCAGAUACACAGUCUGAAAGAGAUGCAGCUGUCACCGUGCAUACUCCUCCAGAAGAAUGCAUCCCAAAUCGUACAAGCAGCGAUAGUCCUCAGGGUGUUUGGCAAGAUGAUAUUGAUCCAGAUAACAUGACUUACGAGGUUUGCUAUGUAACUUCAUCUGGUUCUCUUCCUUUCAUGCCACAGGAAUUACUCGACUUAGGUGAGGCAGUAGGAACACAAAGUAGAGGUCUCUCACAAGAACUUAUUAGUUUGCUUCCAACCUCAAAAUGCAAGUUUGGAAGUUUUUUCUCAAGAAAAAAAUCUGGGGAAAGAUGUGUGAUUUGCCAGAUGAGGUACAAAAGAGGGGACAAGCAAAUGAAACUGCCAUGCAAGCAUGUGUACCAUUCCGAGUGCAUCACCAAGUGGCUCAGUAUCAACAAGGUAUGUCCAGUUUGCAACAACGAGGUUUUUGGCGACGAAUCAAAGAACUAAAUGAU